AUGGUGAAAGACACGGAGUACUACGACCUGCUCGGUAUCCAGCCCGAUGCCUCUGCUACUGAAAUCAAGAAGGCAUACCGGAAGAAAGCUAUGCUUACUCAUCCGGAUAAACACCCCGAUGAUCCUGAAGCCCAGGCGAAAUUUCAAGCUAUCGGCCAAGCAUACCAAGUCUUAAGCGAUCCCGAGCUUCGCUCGCGCUACGACGAGUUUGGAAAGGAGGACGCGGUGCCCCAACAAGGGUUCGAGGACGCCGCCGAGUUCUUCUCUACGAUAUUCGGGGGCGAUGCCUUCCAGGACUGGAUAGGCGACUUUGCGUUCCUUAAGAAUCUUACAAAGGGAGCUGAAAUCAUGGGCGAGGACGGCGAAGAAGCAGGUACAGCUGCGGAAAACUCCGAGGAUCCCUCCAAAGACGUUGUCCAGCAUGAUGGCAAAACUGCCAAGCCCAAAAGCUCAGACAACAAGCUAACCAAAGAGCAGCGCGCCAAGCUGGUUGAGAUGGAGAACGAGAGGCGCGCCGAAAAGAAAAAGCAAGUCGAGGACCUAGUACGCAAGCUUGAAACAAGAAUUGAGCAAUACGUUGCGGCUGUCCAAAACAAACAUUUGGAUGAGUUUGAUGCAAAACUGAAUCAAGAAAUCGAGGACCUCAAGCUUGAGAGUUUUGGGCUGGAGCUUUUGCAGCUGAUCGCCAAAGUAUACAAGACCAAGGCCAACAACUUUCUGGCGUCGCAGAAGACCUAUGGCUUCAGCAAGCUCUUCACAGGUGUUCGCGACAAAACAAAAACCGCAAAGUCGGCUUGGGGCAUAUUAUCGUCGGCCAUGGACGCUCAGUCUGCCAUGAAGGAGCUCGAGAAACUUGACGUUGAAACCAUGGAUGAAUACGAGAGAGCGGAGGUCGAAAAGCUAAUAACAGGAAAGGUCUUGGGCACGGCAUGGGUCAUGUCGAAGUUCGAGGCUCAGGGCAAAUUGAAAGACGUCUGCGACAAAAUUUUAGGAGACAAGAACGUGCCAUCUAAGCAGCGGGUUGUCAAGGCUAAGGCACUUCUCUACAUGGCAAACAAAUUUGCUUCGGCGCAAAGAUCACCGGAUGAAGCUGAGGAUGCUCGCGUAUUUGAAGAAUUGAUCUUUGACGCUCAAGGCAAGAAAAAGAAGGCCGAUCACAAGCGUAAGGAUAGCACGGUCAAAGCUUGA